AUAUGACGUUUGCCUUUAGAUGGUUCGCAGGUUCUCAGAGUGAAUCUUGAGUUCCUGAUCAAAUCAUUGGGGGAUAAUUCCAGCGUGACUUACGUAACUGACGGGAUCGUGAAAUUUUGGAGUUGAACUGAUGGCAGCCAAGCAAACUGAGAAGGAAGAAGACUGGGGCUAUGACUUGUAUCCAGAGCGUCGUGGUAAAUCCCUGCCUCUUAUACCGAGUGUCUCGGAGUUACUUUUUGGUGGAGGGCAACAUACGUCGGAUAAAUUGAAGUGUGAACAACGGGUUGUUGAUGUGGUUACGAAGCAGCCGUUGGUUCGUUUGUUCCUUGACGCUUUGAGAAGCAGUGGAUGCCCGAUCGACAUAAAACGACACAUCGUGUGUGAAAACUGCGACGUCUCUGUGACCGGGGGAUAUGACCCGAAAAUGAAUCAGAUUGUUGUGUGUCAGAACACGUGCAGAUCGGAUUCCUACGUAACUGGGGCCAUUGUUCACGAGCUAGUCCACAUGUUCGACUACUGCGUCAACAAGCUGGAUUUCAAGAAUUUAGACCACCUCGCGUGCACGGAAAUCCGGGCUGCCAACCUCGCGCAUUGUAGCUACGUGAGUGCCAUGCUCGAAGGUUCGAUAGCGGCGCCUGCUGUCAAAGCCCAGCACGCGUUUUGUGUGCAACAAAAGGCCUACGAAUCCGUUCGUAAUGCGAGGCGGAGUGUAUCGCAUGAAGAAGCGCUGGCGGCGGUCGAGCGAGUGUUUUCGCGGUGCUACAACGACCUGGAGCCGGUCGGAAGGCGGCUGAGGCGCGGUACGAAGGACGUGCAACUCGCGUGCGAGGAGGGAUUCCUGUUGGGAUAUACUUGACGAGUCGGGAAAGUUGUAUUCGAUUUUGUGUGUGUUUUUGUGCGUUAGGAAUGAUGAGAUUAGUUUUAUGCCGGGUGUCUCGGUGCUUUCCUGAUCGUUUGUUUUCAUUUGCGUUGGAUUUGCUUGCAAGUAAUGCAUUCAUUACCUUGACUUUCAAAACUAAUUGAAACUGAGGGUAAUUCGGAUGAUCAAGACGAGAUGCCUCGGUCAAAUACGGGUUCGAAAUGCCAAGGCGGAUUUCGUGGAAACUGAGCAGUAUGAAUUGCUUGAAAUUCAAUGACGAGAAUAACUUGUUUCUGCCAUGAAUAAUUUGUCCUCUUUGAAAUCUCAUCGACUAAAUCCUUUUUCCUCUCCUCGAAGUUUCUCCGCGCCGACAAUAUUUUCUGAUGGUUAUCGAUACAGCUUUCAAGUAUUGUAUUUGAUGAACCAGAAGGGAUUAAAAUACAUUAAAAAUUCGUUACAGCGAAUCUGUUCAUAACGCGUUCAUGCUUGAAACGAAUUUGUUUUUUUCCGGUCCCUGACAAGUAGCGACAACAUUAUUUAAAUUUCGUUUUUUUUCAAAUUUUUUUUCAAGAUUUUUCGAGGUCCUAAACGCUUUGUUUUAAGUCUUGUAACGGAAAUAUACUGUAAUACAGAAAACUUGAUGGGG